AUGAGUGACCUCGGCUAUCAGGAAGGAUGCAGAGGCGAAACCCAGGUUGAAAAACUUCUCCUCAGACAGGGAGAGACCUCAGACGUCGCUCUCCUCACCAUCCCCUCAGAAAUCAGCACUGCCAAGUCAACCCCUGCCCUGGGCAGAGAACAGACGGCUCCUCGCUCGCGGCACGCCCAGCUCCGCCUGGGGCCUCGGGGCAGCCCGGCGGGGAAGGAGGAGGAAGGCGGUGGCAGCAGUGGCGUUUCCCGCCGGGAAAUCCCCGACGGCUCCCGAGGAGCGGCCCCGCAGCCGCGGCCCCGAGCAGUGACCCCGCAGCCGCGGCCCCGAGCAGUGACCCCGCAGCCCCGGCCCCGAGCAGUGACCCCGCAGCCCCGGCCCCGAGCAGUGACCCCGCAGCCGCGGCCCCGAGCAGUGACCCCGCAGCCGCGGCCCCGAGCAGUGACCCCGCAGCCCCGGCCCCGAGCAGUGACCCCGCAGCCCCGGCCCCGAGCAGUGACCCCGCAGCCGCGGCCCCGAGCAGUGACCCCGCAGCCCCGGCCCCGAGCAGUGACCCCGCAGCCGCGGCCCCGAGCAGUGACCCCGCAGCCCCGGCCCCGAGCAGUGACCCCGCAGCCCCGGCCCCGAGCAGUGACCCCGCAGCCGCGGCCCCGAGCAGUGACCCCGCAGCCCCGGCCCCGAGCAGUGACCCCGCAGCCGCGGCCCCGAGCAGUGACCCCGCAGCCGCGGCCCCGAGCAGUGACCCCGCAGCCCCGGCCCCGAGCAGUGACCCCGCAGCCCCGGCCCCGAGCAGUGACCCCGCAGCCCCGGCCCCGAGCAGUGACCCCGCAGCCCCGGCCCCGAGCAGUGACACGCCAACACGGAUCGGCGGCCGCGCCCUCAGGGCUGCCGGCCCCGCCCCCGCGCGCGCGAGCCGCGGCUCUGGCGGCGCCAAAGCUGCAAAGGGCGGGCGCGGGCCGGGGCUUCCCUCGGCCCCGCCCCCGGUGCGCCCCCGCCACGUGA